UUUACGUCUUUCCUUCCUGUAAUCCGCCCCUACCCCUUUACUUUAUUCAGCAAUUAGCUCAACCCCUUUUCUCAUCUUGCAAUCCAUCACAUGCCUAUUCUUAUUUAUAAUAAAUCAUCAUGAUUUCACUUUCCCCAUUGCCCUCUUUGUAGAUCAGAAGUUUAAUCAAGAAUAAUUGAUUUUAAAGAGGGGUUUUGAGUUUUUGAUCUUCUUGAGUCAAAGAUGGAGCCUAUGGAUAUUGUUGGCGUCUCCUCUUUUUGCCAGACACAGUAGAUUCCAUCUCUAUCUUCGUCUUCCUCUUUCCUUUCUUUUCAGCAACUCUAAUCAACAACAAAGGUGGAUGAUGAUGAUUGUUAUUUGUAUCUUCUUGCCGCCGCCGUCCUCCUCCUCGAGCAACCAGUUGACGGCGGAGCAACCAUGGCAGCUCCGGAAGCUCCUCUCUGUUAUGUCGGCGGCCCGAAAGUCCGCCGUUUUCCGCCUGAUGAAACAAAUGGGAUGGGAAGAAGGUGAAGGGCUUGGGAAGGAGAAACAAGGGAUUAAAGGUCAUGUUAGGGUUUCCAACAAACAAGACUGUUGGCUAAGAGAUUGUAGGGAUGGGAAGAAGGUGAAGGGCUUGAGAAGGAGAAACAAGGGAUUAAAGGUCAUGUUAGGGUUUCCAACAAACAAGACACUAUUGGCUAAGAGAACUGUUAGUACUUUGAUCUUAAGGUAAAGAGAAUGUUACCCAACUAUUCAUCAAAUAACCCAGUCGGGAUAUGGAACUUUUCUUCUGUGUACGGUCUUGAUAUGUUCGAGGCAAAAGUUCGUGGUGAAUUCGGCAUCGGAUUGAAUAUUCAGAUUUUGGAUGAUGUUAAGUUGAAUGUAUUUAUCUUACAUGAAUUUGGACAAGAUAGAGAUAGUUAACGUUCCACCACAUUUGGUGUAUGCAUGUUCGAAAGCGAGUCGGAUCGACAAAUAUAAUACAUUUCCAUUUGAUGGCGUU